AUAUUAGUCAGAAACGAUUUGAAUUCGGUUGUUUAAUUUUCUGUACAUCUUAGUUAUCAUGUAUGAUUAUAGAUAGCUCUAUCUUCCACAUUAAGCCUCCCAGAGUUAUAUGUUUAGGUAUGGACAUGGUUCAUACACCACGAGGUUUUGUAGCUUUUUUGGCCUUUCUCGGACACCACACUUUGUACUAACGCGAGUUGGGGAUAGGAUGUCAGAGAGGAUAUGAAAUUCUAUUCAUAACGUCAACUAAGGCUAAAUGUUUGCCGCCAUCGGGAACAACUAUUAGAGAGUUAUCUAAGGUAGCAGACAGUCCGUCUCUAAAUGCUGAACCAGUCCACAUCCUGUCUACGGUUUUUAAAAAUUAACUACGUAUACAGUCUCUUAAGAUAUACAGUCAAGACAAGUUAACUUAGUGAUGCUUGCAGUUGUUAUUGGAAUGUUACGUUAGCUGACGUUAACUAGGUAGAUAGAUAGAUUGUCCUUGGUGUGCAAAUGCUAACGUGGACGUAACGUGAAACUAGUUCGCUGGGAACGAAUUACAGCAUUAAACAGUAAUUAACAUACAUUUUGAGAACAACGAAUAGCUUUGGCUAAAUUAGUUAUUGGUUGCUAGCUGGUGGAUAAACUAGCUCAGAGCUUUGCACCAUAUGAAUUACAGUUUUUAAAUGGUUGAUGCUCUGCAAGACCAGUAACACUACGUCGAACUACAUAAACGAAAGGUGAUCAACAAAAAGUCGAGCUUCUUUCCCAAACAAUGGGUGAGGGGGAAAUAGCAUUACUUAAAAUCGAGAAAGCGAAAGCCUUUUGGAGAAAUGUGGACGUGGACAAUGUGUUUGAGAUGUUACUGCAAUACCUGGUACACCUUAGAGAGUUAAUCAAGGGGAACACUGCAUCAGACAAAGAAUAUGUCCAGGGCAUGAAUGUACUUCAAGACCUCGAAAUGAAGGAUAAAUUGAACAUGAAACAUUAUGCAAUUGAGGAAGUUGUCAUCGGCGAAGAAUUAUUAACAAAGUCUGAUUUGGGCUGUUCACAACUGACGUUCAAGGAAUCAAGGCAGUUGGAGGAUAUACUUCCUGAACAGAAUAUAAGUUAUGAUGACAGCCGAGAGUUGGAGCCUGUUGUCCUGGACCACAGAGACCCUCUUACCCCACUGUCACCCCAUCAAGACAUGUUUGACCUGGUGCUCCUCUCACCUUCACCAUACAACAUAGAGAAUGCCCUGGGUCAUUUUUGUUCCUCACAAUCCAUGUUUGAGCCCCACGACUGCAGCCCUGCCUGCCUGGCUGUCUUACCCCCCCACCCUGACCACUUCCUGGGCCAGAACCCGCUCAGAGCACCCCUGUUGUGUCAGUUCCGACGCCAAUGCUCUAGCAAGACCCAGUUUUCUACCGCAGAUGAUGUUGCCAUUACCACACAAAUCACUGAGGAGGAGAAUGAGGAUGUGUUUUACAAGACACCGUGUGGGCGUGAACUGCACACUUUUGAGGAGGUGAUGCAUUAUCUACGGCAGACUGAGGCAUUUGGGGUGCUUCAGCCAUGGAACUUCAGCUUUCAUCCACUGGUGCAGCCAGAACUCCCCCCCAUGAUGACCACUCUCAGCAGGAGGGACAUGAGUCGGGGGAUUGAGUCUGUUGCAGUGCAGCUGUGCAAUGAGGUGGAUUCAGCUCAGCCUACAGAGUUCCGGUACCGGAGAGAGCGCUGGCCACAUGGUUGCUUCCUUAGUGCUGGAGAACUCUUCUCUGCCUGUUGCGAUUGCACUGAUGGUUGCUCAGACAGUCGCUCCUGCGCAUGUCUGCAGCUCGCUCGGAAGGCUGCAGGGGGUCCAGUGCAGUUCUACACUCACCAGAGGCUGCAACAACCUGCGCCCACAGGGCUCUAUGAGUGCAGUCCGUGGUGUGGGUGUGAUCCGUAUCACUGUCUGAACCGUGUGGUCCAGCAUGGUGUACGCGUUCGUCUGCAGGUGUUUCGCAGAUGUGACCAGGGCUGGGGAGUUCGUUGUCGUGACGACCUUGAUGUCGGGACCUUCGUUUGCACAUAUGCAGGUGUGGUUCUAAGAACAGAGCAGAACUCAGAGGAGUCCCCUGUGGUAAAGUGUGCUCGGGAGGAGGCCGUCUCAGAUGAUGAGGUGGAGGUGGUUGAAGAGUGGACUCUUCCAAUGACAGGAUCGUCUGCAACGACAACAGAUCCUUGUUCUCCGUCCCACAUUCCUGUCAUUCAGAGACCCACAGACCACACACUUCCAGCAACAGAUGGAGAUGAAGACUCUGUCAGGAGAGAGGAUCAAGAGAGAAUCCUGUCAGUUGGAAAAGUAGCUCCGGUGACGGUGGCGGUGAGGGGUGAAGAGAAGACGGGGAUAGAGGAGGAACCCCAGCUGAAGGAGAAAGACUCCCGAAAGAGGACAGGCACUCAAGAGGAGGUCUGGAGAUCCAGUAACACAAAGCAGAAUUAUUACCUUGAUGCCACAAAAGAGGGAAAUGUCGGCCGGUUCAUCAAGCACAGUUGUAGCCCCAACCUGUUUGUACAGAAUGUCUUCAUCGACACCCAUGACCCCCAGUUUCCCGUCAUGGCUUUCUUCACAAGCAGGACAGUGAAGGCAGGAACCGAGCUGACCUGGAACUACUCCCACGACGUCAGUAGUGACUGAACAAGGACGCUGACAGUAGGAAUGUCAGCUGGCAGCGUGAUGGAAUGCAGCUCAGGGAUGAAGAGGAGAAACAAAAGAUUAAUGAUCACAGCACUUUUACACAGCUGGAUUGGAGAGAAGAACUGUAAAAAACGUGUUUGUUUUUUCAGAUGGUUGAUUCAGGGCCCCUACCAUCUUAUGACUCCAAAGGAUUAUUCAACCUUUGUGUUGGUCAAACUCCACUGAUUGGGGCUCUGAUGAGCUCCAGAUACUCUUCACUUUCUAAAAUAAAGUUAGUCACCAUGACAA